CCACUUCAUAAAACUGAAAUAAAAAUUAUAGAAAAGAAAUUAAAAACAAAAGGAGGAGAAGAUGGCAACCAAAGCAGCAGUUUCAGUUUCAGUGGCAGCUUCUAUUACGGCUGCCUCAUCUUCAUCUUCGAAGUUUGUGAUCAAUACACCUCAUCGGUUCUUGUGUCUCAAAAGGUUGUCUUCUUUCAGCUCCUUUUCUGCUUCUGCUUUGGCCAUCAAAUGCACGAGUAUUAGCAAUUGCAGUCCCAACAAGUCUGCUAGAUCAAUGGAGGGUUUUACAACAAGAACAAGGGCAUCAGCUCAACCUUUGGAGAACGCCAGCGAGCUUAUCGCCUCCGUCGAGACUUUCAUCUUUGAUUGUGAUGGAGUUAUAUGGAAGGGUGAUAAAUUAAUAGAUGGAGUCCCUGAAACUCUUGAUAUGCUUCGGUCAAAGGGAAAGAGACUGGUUUUUGUCACGAACAACUCAACCAAAUCCAGGAAACAAUAUGGUAAAAAAUUUGAGACACUUGGCCUGAAUGUUAAUGAGGAGGAAAUUUUUGCAUCUUCAUUUGCUGCUGCUGCAUAUUUGAAGUCCAUUAAUUUCCCAAAAGAUAAAAAAGUUUAUGUCAUUGGUGAGGAUGGCAUCUUAAAGGAGCUUGAGCUUGCGGGAUUCCAAUACCUUGGUGGGCCGGUAUGCAAGCAUUUCAAUUUGCAUGAGGACGGUGGAAAGAAGAUAGAACUGAAGCCAGGGUUUUUAAUGGAGCAUGAUAAAGAUGUUGGGGCUGUUGUUGUUGGAUUUGAUCGAUACUUCAACUACUACAAAGUCCAGUAUGGGACACUUUGUAUCCGUGAAAAUCCUGGUUGUCUUUUCAUUGCUACAAAUCGUGAUGCUGUCACUCAUCUCACAGAUGCUCAGGAAUGGGCAGGUGGUGGUUCUAUGGUUGGUGCCAUCUGUGGAUCUACUCAACGUGAGCCACUUGUUGUGGGAAAGCCCUCAACUUUUAUGAUGGACUACCUCGCAAACAAAUUUGGCAUCCUCAAGUCACAGAUAUGCAUGGUUGGGGACAGAUUAGAUACUGACAUUCUGUUUGGGCAAAACGGUGGCUGCAAAACUCUUCUUGUUCUCUCAGGCGUGACAAGUUUGUCAAUGCUUCAAAGCCCCAGCAAUUCCAUUCAACCUGAUUUCUACACCAAUAAGAUCUCAGAUUUUCUUUCUAUCAAGGCUGCAACACUGUGAUGAUGCAAGGACUUUGUUUUCUCUUGCAUUACUAGUUUGCCAACUACUACCAUCAGAUAUAGUAGCCCUUUGCAAAUUCUAUUCUUUCUUCCAUUUUGUGGCCAUGCAAAAAUUUCUGUAUUAAGGGCAAUGGUUAAAAACAGUUUUAAAUUGUAUCAACGAAUGAUGCAAUGUAGAUUAUUCUUUCGCUAUUUGAAAAUUAUAACUGCAAAUUAUAAGGGGUUUUUUAAA